AUGCGCAGUGCAGGGAACCAGGCGCCUGCGCGCUGGGGGGGCUGUUUUGGCGGGCGGCGGGCGUUGCGCAGAAGCGGCCUCUGCUCCGAGGGCCUGCGAGAAGGGGGAGUCGGUGCCGUGCCGGACCCGCUUCGUACCCAGGAAUUGGGUGGCCUUGGUGCAUUAGGUGGAACUUCCUGCGCUAUGGGAAAGAAAACCAAGAGGACAGCAGAUAGUUCGUCCUCUGAAGAUGAGGAGGAGUAUGUUGUGGAGAAGGUGCUAGACAGGCGUGUUGUGAAGGGUCAAGUGGAGUAUCUUCUCAAGUGGAAAGGAUUCUCUGAGGAACACAACACUUGGGAACCCGAGAAGAAUCUGGACUGCCCCGAGCUGAUUUCUGAGUUUAUGAAAAAAUAUAAAAAAAUGAAGGAGGGUGAGAACAAUAAAUCAAGAGAGAAAUCCGAAAGCACAAAGAGGAAAUCCAGCCUCUCCAACAGCGCCGAGGACAUCAAAACCAAAAAGAAGAGGGAGAGCAACGAUAUUGCCAGGGGCUUUGAAAGAGGAUUAGAGCCAGAAAAGAUCAUCGGUGCCACAGACUCCUGUGGAGAUUUAAUGUUCUUAAUGAAAUGGAAAGACACAGAUGAAGCAGACCUGGUCCUAGCAAAGGAAGCCAAUGUGAAAUGCCCGCAGAUUGUGAUAGCGUUUUAUGAGGAGAGACUGACCUGGCACGCGUAUCCAGAGGACACGGAAAACAAAGAGAGAGAAGCAGCGAAAAGCUAAAGCGCCAUCCUGGGCCAUCCUUAGCUGUACAUACACAUCCCCCCGACCUGACCACAUCAAUUGAAAUGUGCUUAUUACUGUGCUCCCAGGAGAAACCUUGUUAUUGGUUCAGUCAUAACAUAAAUGGUUUGCUUCAUGUUCAGCUUCAUCUCUAGUGAAACCCACAAGAUUUAUGUGCUGUGUGUCCUGUCUCCUCCUCCCCCGCCCUCCAGAAAACGGUUUUGACUUGUCACGUCCUCUUAGAGCCUCCAGGGGUUUAUAGAGUUGUUGGUUCCCUUUGGUUUGGUCCCUUUUUGCCCCUUUAAAUGCCAAGAGUGGCAGCGAUGCCCUUUCUAAACCGAACUAAUUGGAGUUCCCCUGUCCAGGUACACAAAUGGCUGUUGGCUGGGAAAGCGAGAGGAGCUGUCUGCAUUUGGGAAGUCCCUCCUGCUAGUGCUACAAAGGGCAACAUCCUGAGAUGGUCAAUGUGGCCUUGGUAUGCUGGGCCUGUGUGUUGUUAUAUAACUGGUAACGUCCUGUUGGGACUGUGCAUCUGGACUCCGUCCCAAGGGACAUCCGUUGUCCUGGGUUGUGAUGCCUUCCAGUCUGUCUCGUGCCUAGGAUGGUUUCCAGGCGAGCUGUGUUCUCUUUGCAAGCCCAGCCUGCAUUAGUAUUGGUUCCCAGACGCAGAGCGAGCCCCCUUUCUCUAGGAGGAGUCUAAUGUGUGGGAGGUGGGGAAAGCAGAGCCUUCUUAACUUUAAAUGUGAUUGUUUAUCCCCUGUCAGGUGCAGGUGGAGGCCUGCCACUGCUUCUGUAUGAUCUUAUGCAGUAUGUAUGUAUACAUUCGUUUCUCAUUUGGGCUGUGUAUUUCCGUAGGUGUGAGUGUAUCAGGUGGCCUUGCUUUGUGCCAAGGCGCCUGAUCCAUUUCAGUCAUUGGCUGUUGCUUCAAAGGCCACAAGCAUUGUGUUACCAAAGUGGCUUUCCGCUUGAGGGCCUCUCCUCCCCUCCCGCAUGAGCUCUGUCUUGGAAACGUGGAGAGCUGAUCUGGUCUGGUGUGCACAGCACUUCUCCCUGGAACAUAUGCCCCAGGCUCUAGGACCUGCCAGUGGAGCAGAGAGGGCAUUGCUAUUUCCCGGGAUGAGUGCUCGUUUUGCAAGGCAUGGGUAUCUGGGACAGUCGCUCUGUUGCCCAAGAGAGCUGGCAGCCGAGUAAGAUGGAGCAGAACUGAGCUGCUACAGCAUUAGGCACUGCUUUCAGGGUUCCUUUUUCCUUUCCCUCCCUGAGUAUGGUGAGGCCAGAGUGAAGAACUGCCCCCUUUUGCUUUCCAGCAUCAUGUACGCUCUUCAUGCUGAUCCUAUGUACUGUGUAGUUUAGCUGGACUUGGGCUCUCUUGCCUGUGGCGAUCUCCUUGCCCGCAGAAACUGACGGAUGUCUUAGGCUCCCCCCUACUAAUGGUGCAAACAGAGUCCUCCUUGAUGACUAGAAGUAAUAAAAUUACGGUAUUGUGGUAUUGACACUGGUUUCUGGUUGACUCGUUCCCCAUGCAAAGCUCCUGCGAGAAUGAGAGCUAGUUGGUUUUGUGGCCUUCAUUGUGGCUUGAAAAGGCUUAUUGCAUAAAGUGGAGACCUGCAAGUGGAUGAAUUGGAAAGGGGUUGUGGGUUCAUUCUCUGGAAUGAAAAUAUCAUUGUUGCAUCCUGACUUUCCCCAAUCCAAAGGCCUGGUCCUGUUCUUGUUUAUCUUCCCUCAUUCCCACCCCUUUGCUACCCUUAUUCUCUCCCUUUAUAGUGAGCUUGGAAAUCUUGAAUGGCAUUGGGGGAUAUCUGCAGACUGGGUGCAGAGGGAGUUUUAUCAGUGGUGACUCCCUUCCUGGCCCUUGGACUCUGGUUAGUUCUGUGCCGUGGGCACAGAGUUUUGCUUGUUCUGAUUUUCUAGAGCACGUGACGCAGUUUGUUCUCAGCCUCUUUGUCUGUCUCUCUUCUGAGCACAAGCUCGCUUAGUAUAAUGUUCGCACUGUUGAAUGAAUUCUGCUUGCAAGCGGCUCAGAUGCUGUGGGAGAAAUCCAGGCACCCUAGAAAUCAAUGGCAGAGCUCUGAUUGACUUCCGUGGGACCCGGAUUUCACUCUGUCUCUCUAACAUGACUUCUAGUUGAGCGCAUAUCACUACAUGGUAUUCCCGCUUCACUGACGCACCUGCUAUCGUCUCCCAUGCCUUUUGGAGGUGUGUGCCAGCAAAGGGUUAGCAUGGCCAUUGCUUCAAGCGGCAUACUCAAUACAUCAUUACUUUGGAAAGUUCCCAUUGGCAGGGUCAAUAUUUCUAGUUACAUCAUCCUGGCUGGUGUUGAGAGUGAUCUGAAAUAAAAGAAAAUCUGCCUUCUGAACUGCACUGCCAAGCAGGCCAGCGAAGCUGCAGCUGCCAGCACACUGAGUAGAAAUGCUGAUGUGCCUAAUGCUGCACACUUCUUAGAUACGCUGGGAAGUGCUCCUGGCCCUGGGACCCUUCGAAGUCUUCUGCUUGGCAGCAUUCCUGGCAUCUCGGUAGCUGACUUUGCUCAUUAUUAAGCGCCUGUGGUCUUACAGCCAAUAACUGGGGGGCUUGCACAGGUAUCUCUGGCACCAGCACAAUCCACAGAGAUUGAGUGUGUUUUUAUGGGGUUAUGACACUUUUUAAUUUGGUUUGAAUGACCUUGGGCUAGUCAGAGCGAGCUCCCAGAGCCAGGGCAUGUGGUGAUGAAGCUUUGGGAGGAGUUUGGGAAGUCCCUGUCAUUCUGACUUGGUUAGGAUUUGCGUAAGUUUAGGGCUAAGCCUGAUGCAUCUGUUUUUGGAUCUGAGCUGGGUGGCAUGGGCUCAUUGCGCUGUAGCAUGUUAUUAAACGUUGAUGCUAGUACGUGAAUUGCUCUAGUUGGUAGUUGGUACAAUAGGUAAUGGCAGCAGCUGGCUACCUUCCAACUGCAUUAGUUUAGGGCUUCCCCACCUGUAAUGUGGGGGGAGGUGGGGAUAUUGAAGGAAGCUUUUACAGGGCUGGAUGCAAGAGCAUAGCCUGGCUGCAGUCUGUACCACUUGGUGCGCUGAUUUCAGGUAUUGGCUCAGGUAUAGAAAAGGCUGCUGGCAUGUCAACCUGUGGCUGCCGCUUCUUCUCUAGCCCCCAUUUCCCCAGCUUCACAAGCUCCUUGUUCUUCCCUUUCCUCUCCAGCCGUUCCAGCAGGCAGACUUGCUGCUGUUGCUUUAUCCCUGCCUCUUCAUGGAUUUCUUUUCUCUGAAGGCAGUCAGCCAGCCUGCCCGUGAUUCGCUGGAGUCUUGAUUCUUGCCAACUCUGUUCUCCUCUUCCUCUCCCCACAGCCUCCAGCCUCCUACAGACCUCUGCACCAAACUCAGAGGGAGCAAGGCAGCUGCUCUACAGCAGUGCUUCUCAAUCGGGUACAUGAACCCCUGGGGUACGCAGAGGUCUCCCAGGGGGUAAGUCAACUCGAUAUUUGCCUGGUUUUACAACAGGCUACAUAAAAAGCAUUAGCGAAGUCAGUACGAACUAAAAUUUCAUACAGACGAUGACUUGUUUAUACGGCUCUAUAUACUAGAUCCGUGUUUCUAAGCCUGGGCGUGACAGGAUGGGUUAUGGGGGAUUGCAAGUGCAGGGCUGGCAUUACGGGGGUGGCAAGCAAGAGAGCUGCGAAACAGACAUCCUGAAGCCAAAGCAUGAGUCCCGCCGCCUGGGGCUGAAAGCAGACCUUUGGAAGGGGUACAGUAGUCUGGAAAGGUUGAGAACCACUGCAGGAGUUGCAAGUUAAGAUGGCUUAAUGCUCCUUCUGUGCCUCACUGUCUGCUGCAGAUGGGAGUGGAUAAGUGCGUGGGAGUGGAUGAGCCUCCUGGCGAUCUCUGAGCCAGUGUGAAAUGCUAUAGAACACAGAGCUUGAUCUCAGCAUGCAGAGGACAGGCACUGUUAGCUGGAGACAGGCCCCUUCCUCCCGCACAAGCCAUCACUCUUUGCUUUCUGGAAGCGAAUCUUAGUGAAAUCCACCAUUGAUUGUGUUUGUGAUCUAAGUUCCCUCUAAGGCCUGGUCUACACUAACCCCCCAAUUCGAACUAAGGUACGCAACUUCAUCUAUGUGAAUAACGUAACUGAAUUUCGAAGUACCUUAGUUCGAACUUACCUCGGUCCAGACGCGGCAGGCAGGCUCCCCCGUCGACUUCGCGGUACUCCUCUCGCAGAGCUGGAGUACCGCAGUCGACGGCGAGCACUUCCGGGUUCGACUUACCUCGUCCAGACAAGAUGCGAUAAGUCGAACCCAGAAGUUCGAUUUGCUUGCCGCCGAACUACCGGGUAGUGUAGACCUCUACCCUAAGCUGCGUGGCUGUGCAGCAGCCUAUUAAGCGCCAUGCAGAUGCUCAGGUCUGUGGUGGGGAGAGAUGCCUCUCUCCCAGCCCUGGACCUGCUGCGGCACCCCGGCCCAGCCUGGAUAGUACCGGGUUUAUAAUGGUGCCUGACCCACGCUUAGUAGGGGGCCUUGUCAGCCGGCUGGCCCGGGAUUUUUCUCUCCAUCCCUGCCCUCCGUCACCGGCAGGCAGCAGCCAUCAGCUGCCUGCCAGUGACGGGGUGGGAGUCGGAGAGGAGCCCACAGCCACUGCCGUUCCUCCGGGCCGCCGGUGUGGGACGGGGAGCCCGAAUCGGCAGACCAUCACUGGCUGCCCGGAUUGCGGAUGGACCUGUCGUGGCCCGGGGAGAGGUGCCCCAGCCUAGCCCCCCAGGACCUGCCGCGGACAGGGAAGAGCCAACCCUCCCCUAGCCGCAACCCAGCCCCCCCAACCUGCUGCGGACAGGAAAGAGGUGCCUAUCCCGUGGCUCCAGCACCGGAGCUGCUGUGGUGAGGAAAGGCGCCUCUCCCCUCAAGCCCAAGUGCUGCUGCAGGGAGAGAGAGCUGGGGGAGUUCUCUCUCCCUUCAUAGUCCAGAGGCAGCCUGCACCCCAAACUCCUCAUACCCAGCCCCCACUCCUCGCCCCAGCCCCCUCCUGCACCCCAAACCCUUCAUCUCUUGCCCCAGCCAAAGACCUCACACUCAGCCCCAGCCCUGAGCUCCCUCCCACACUCCGAAGCCCUCAGCCCCACCCCCACCACACAAAUUUUGUUAUAUGCACCAAUAUGGUGCAACAUCACCUCCAUAUUGGUGCACAUAACAAAAUUCAUUCCGCAUGUGUGGGAAAAAUUAGAGGGAACACUGGUUGUGACCAGAGCUGGUUGCAAAUACUCCCCGUGAGCCGGUUGGACUCUCAUUUUAGCUGCGCUGCAUGUUCUAAUAGAAGCAGCAACUUGGCUCUGGAUAAAAAACCUGAUAUGAAUCAGAUUAGAACCACAUGGCUCAGCAGGCUUGGUACGUCAGGGCUCUGUUUCAGCAGUCAGUCUUGAGGGUAGCUCUUAUGUCUUCUCCCUUCCAGCCUGAAUUAUGCCCCUAUGGGAGAUGCAAAAUGGUUCUUAAGUUGCUUCAGCAUUCCAAGUGGCUUCUAGACAGAGUAAUAGAUUGUGUUGGUUGUAGCCUCAGACGGUGUAGUAUGUGGCGUCAUCUCCUGCCAGGGCUGCCUGCAAGCUUGUGUGCCAGACAGAUCUCUGCCUGUCGAGUCUGCCCCAGAUACCUCCCCAGUCGCUUGCUCUUGAAUGCUCGGUCUUGCUGCUUUUCCUGUUGCAGAGAGGAAGUUUCUCUGCUGCUGGCCAGCCACCUUCCCUUCUGGCUAGAUUUUGUUUUGCUGAUUUCCGGUAUCGAAAAGUAGAUGCAGCAGCUGGCAUGGGAGUAAGGGGGUGGGCAAAGAAGUGAUGUCAAACCCCUUAGCAAACUGUGAGUAGGUCGGGGGGAGGUUUACAGUGUUUAUGGCUGAAACCAAAUACACCUCUACCUAGAUAUAACGUGACCCAAUAGAACGUGAAUUCGGAUAUAACGUGGUAAAGCAGCGCCACUGGGGGGCGGGGCUGUGCACUCCGGCGGAUCAAAGCAAGUUCGAUAUAAUGCGGUUUCAUCUAUAACACAGUAAGAUUUUUUUGGCUCCCAAGGACCGUGUUAUAUCGAGGUAGAGGUGUACUUAAUGCUAGACUGAAAAGCUCUCCUGGCAUUGCUUAUUUUUUGUCCCAGUCUACGUGUCUAGUUGUGAGCAGUACUCUGGUCCUAAUCCUCUUCUCACAGGGCGUUCGGGGCAGGAGGUUAAGUGCCAGACUCAGUUCCUGGAAUGGCAUGAACUAUCUGAAAGAGGAGACAUUUUCCUUGCAGCAUCUAUCAGGAACCAAAACCCAACCCUUUUCCUUGGCCCCAUUUAUCACAAACAGCCCUCUCAAAUUGUGUCCCUCACUCAAGAAAACAGCUUAGUGCCUGUGAACAAGCUGCCCGUAACAGACUAACCGCAUUAAACUAGUGUGAAAGGCUGUGUGGAUGCACUUAUUAGCUUGUUAAGAAUUGGCUAAAGCCAACCUGAGAUAAUUGUCCACACAAGUGUUCACACUGGUUCUGCAAAAUCAGUUCACGUAGACGAGCUCCAAGUCCCUUUCUAUAAGGAAUUAGGGGUGAGGAGAGAGACUGGGUUGGGGGUGCUGAGCCCUCAGCCCCCUGUCAUGUCCCCCACACAUCUAUUACUCUGUCCUUCCUUUGCUGUGUAAACCCUGUUCUCUUUACCCUUUUUUAAUGAUUGCUGCUGCUAAUGGGGCAGCUUCUGAACAGAUCUGUAUAGGCAGCCACCUGCUGGCAGAAAGCACCGGGGCAUCAGAUGAAAGGAUACCUGCGGUGACUGCUUAGCCAUCUGUGGCAUAACCAAAUAUUUACCAUCCACAGAUGCAUUUUUAAAGUACAAAGUGUUGCUGUUUUCCUCUCUCCACAAUCCUGCGUAUUGCUCAGUGGGAGCUGCUCUUCUGCUGACCCAUCUUCUGUGGGGAGCUCCGUUGAAAGGCUAAGCCAAGGCUGUAGGAAGCCCCGAGAACGCAGUAUGUACUGCAUGCCUCCCAUUGUCGCAUGUGGUCUGAUUCUGCUACGUUUGGGGUGGGGAGAUGGACACCAGGAUUGGGAUCCUCUUGUUGCACCGUAGUUGUCAAGUUGAAGUCUGAUGCUAGCUAGGGAGGUCAAAGCAAUUGCCCAGCCAGCUGCCAUUUCAACACUCGGUUCGUAGUGGUGGGGGGACCAGGGUCAUUUUCAAACACAAAGCGGGGUCAGCUCCGACUGGAACGGGGCUGGCAUGCAGCAUGCGGAAGGGGAAUGGAAAAGCAUUUAAUCUUGGAUCCUAAAUUCUGCCCCCGCUCAGACAAACCUGUCCAAAGGUAAAGGAGCGAGAACCCACUCAUGGGAGUGGGGGACACCCCCAGCAAGGAAGCGGCACUGCAGAUGGAAGUCACUCUUCUGUAUCUGCCAAGACACAGAUUGAGGCUCCUGGUCUCCUGACAUGCAGUUGUCACUGAACAAGACCCACAUUCAAACACUAGUCGGGUGGGGCUGCAGAAAACCCGGUUUUCUAUAAAACUGGGGGACUGGCCACAGCUGCUGCACCUGUUUAAAAAUGGCAUUUUGAGGGGGACUUGGUCUCACACCAGGGCAGUGGUCCAGGAACACACAGAAUCCAGGGGUGUGGGAGGGUGACAUGCUUUUCUGACCCCUCUUGCUCUUUAUUUUAAUCCCUUGUAAGUGGCUGUAACCCAGUGCAGUCAAGGCAGCUAGAACUCUGUGUGCCAACUCAAUGCUCCCCAGCCCUGCUGCACUGGGCAGUCCUCCGACACGUAUCGUGUCCACACUCCUCUUUGCGGAAAACGGUCCCCUCGGCCAAUCCCCUCCCUCCGUCGAGUUGCUGUUCCGGGUGUUGAUAGUGUUUUUUAUGGCAAAGCAGAACGCUAACUUUUUGUCAAAUUUCUUUUGUCAUUGUUACAUAGAAGGGAUCUAGGGAGGGGGGCAUUCUGAGAUAUGGGCAUGGUCUCCGGCCAGCUUUGUAACUAGUGUUUUUUUAAAAAUCUUUCUUUUAUAUAAUGAGCACUUCUGUGUGGACACUUCUUAGGCCAAGUCAGUUCUCAAAGCCACUUGCCAACGAUUUCAAGUCUUUUGUGCUAAAGGUUGGAUCUGGCCUGCGUUUAAAGGCAACGAUUAACUUUUAGAGAGUCUAGUUCCAGUCUGUCCUCGCUGUCGGUUCUAUAAAGACUACCACUUGCAAGGACUCGUAACUUGCAAGUGAAGAGGGGAAAUUAAUUAUGUUUUAAUUAAACACAUGAAUUUUUGUCACAGAUGUUCUAAUUUAUCUGGGAUCACAGCUGAGCCUCUCUAAGCUGGAACAUGACAAUUGUCUUCCUCUUAUAAAUUGGACUCCCCCCUGAUUAAAAGUCCAUUGGUGAGGCAUGAUUUGCUAAUGAUUAAAACUUGCUCUGAUUCCACAUAUAGAGGGAAGACAGAGCCUUAGUUCAGCCUAGUGUUGAGUCUCCCGGCGCAGUUGUUUUGUUGUAGCAUAUGUGCCUCCUUUUGAACACAUGUAGAGUCCGUGCUCUUGUGAGGGUGAAUCAGCAAAAUACAGGGCUACUUUCUAGUUGUCAGUUUCUAGUAUUCCAGGGGGCUAGCCCCUGCCAUUACAUUUGGGGGCAUCUUUCCUUCCUAGCCAAUUUGAGAUUUUAGGGGUUCAGCUCCCACAUUUUUGAUGGUUUUCCCCCUCCCCUUAAUGGGGGGGUGAACCCCCUUUUUAAAAAAAGUACAUCUCUGACAAAAUGACUGUCUCUCCCCCUGGAGAGUUCAGAAGCCAUUGUUCAGCAGGCUGGAUCAUUUCAAGGUCUGACACAUUUUAGUCCUAAAUUAUUUGACAGUGUUACUUUAAACUAUGGGCCCAACCCUCUCUCCUGCCAGCCGUCCAAUCACUGCUUGGUGUGAGUAAGGGCUGCAAGAUCAAGCGCGAUUGGGAGAGACUUGAGAAGGACCCAUGGGUGCUCCCGCCACAUGCCAGGCGGUAUCUGUUUCCUUGCUGUGUCACCGCUGCGUUGCCUAGGCAGUAGGUGGCACAGCACUGUUGGGGUGGGGGCCGUGGGCAGCAUUCGAACCCAUCUCUCUGUUAGAACUGACUUGCCAGGAGAGAGUGGGACUCUGUCCUCCAGACCUUAGCCAGGCGCUACUGUGUGGCGCAAAGUGUUUGUCUGAGCCGGCAUGUGGCUCACGGCUCUCCCCUCUAUCAUGUGAUGUUCGGUAGUGUAGCCCGUCUCUCCGCUAAUGUAUGUUACGCUUUUUUUUAAAUGGUGAUGUUUUUAAAAUAGGGAUUUUUUUCCCGUCAUGAGACUGACAUGUUACAAAGGCCCCCUGUCCCUUCGCACUCUUUCAUACUCUUGUAUUGGUUCUAAUAAAUGGUUACUUUUCA